UGCCGCUUGGGCCGCCGCGGCAGUCGGCUUUACACGCAGGUCAUUAACGAGGGGGCGUGCCCGAGGAGAUUUUUUUUUUCCCCAUAAAGCAUUUUUUUUCUCCCUCUCUCUUUUUUUUCCCUCCUCUUUUGCAAAACUGACUUUUACCCCUUUCUACUUCUCGCCAGUCUUCCAACCUCUCCAGGCUGCUCGCGCUGCUGCACUCAAGUUUAUUUUCCCGCCUGGGCAGAGGCUUUGGAGAUUCGGUUAGUGGCUUUCACCUCUCGUUACUGCUGUGCCUAAGGAGGGAAAGAGGAGGCAGCUUCAGAUCGGGGAAGGUUUUCUGAUGUAGUCACCGGGGAGGUGCCACCAGCUCGUGUCGUGCUCCCUCUCUCUCUUUUUUUUUUCCCGGUUGCAAACUGAUUGAUGAAUCUCUACAAGUUGCUGGGUUUGGGGCCGGACCGGUCGGAGUCACAGGGACACUUUUGAGAGCUCACCCCGGGGCUCUUGGCACGCGGUGUGGGGAGCUCAGGCUCGCUCCCAGAAGGCGAUCGGAGAUUGACAUCAGCUCAUCCCGGACUCGGAGGGCUCGGUUGGAAAGUGAUUGUUUCCCCUCCCGCUUUCCAGCAUAGCAGUUGGGUUGGUGUCGCCCUGCAGGUCUGGGCAUCCCAGCCCCGCCUGGCUGGUUCACAACCUCUGCUCUUCAUUCACGGCUGCACCCACAGCCGGCCAAGAAAAGCAAGCCGGAGAAAUUCCCGACUCAGCCAGCGCCCGGGGGUGCCAUCUCUCUUUGCCUCUGCGGUCGGACUCCUCUGGGGACCUGCUGGAAGACGAGGAGAGCCAAACUUUUCUUUGAGGUUUUUCGAGGCAAGCCCGCUCUUCCUCUCCUCGCCUGAGCAGCUGCGGCUUUAGGCUCUUCCCGGACGCCGACGGAGCCGGGCUUGCGGAUCCGGAUCCCCACCCUUCUCUGCGCACCUCCGGGUACCGCAGUACCUAGGACUCCAGCGAGCCUUGCGGGGGUCGCCGGGCCAAGACAGAGAGGGAAGCUCCGGGCAGCGUCCAGACUCCUGGGGCCACAAGCGUGAAGAACCCCCCCUCCACCCUGCCCCCCCCCGCACCGCCCUCGUCCACACAGCGCCCUCCUCCCGCAGUUUCUCUCCGUCCGCCAAAGUAACUUGGAGCAAAGCGGGGCGCACAGCGAGGGCCCAGGGCAGCGGAGGAACCCUGCGUAGACCGCGGCGCCGACGCUGAGCCGGGCCCGGCGGGCCGGUGUAUGUCUCCCCGAGGCCGCGGCGCUCAACUCCCGGUGACUGUGCAGCGUGCGCCGCCGCCUGCCCUGACCCGCGCUGCCGCCGCCCGGCCCCGCACGCACCUCCCUCUCCCGGGGUGACCGGCCUGCAGCCGCCGCCCGAGACACAGCUCUGCACCCCUUCCCCCGCCCUCGCCGCCGCACACACGCACGCGUCUCUCCGUCUUGUGAUUCUUCUCCCCUCCCGAGCCCUUCAGGGGGGGUGCGAGUUUGUCCCCCCUCCCGCCGCAACCCACUGCCUUCUUUUCUUCUCGCCCUCCUCCUCCCGCGCUCGCCGCGCUUCUCUAGCCCCAUCAUUUUAUUUAUUCAUAUUUAUUUGGCGUCCGGUCUGGUCUCUUCUUUCUACCCCUCUUCCUCCCUCCCUCUGGAUCCCCGCUCUCUCCCCGGAGUGGCGCGUCGGGGGCUCCGCCGCUGGUCAGGCGUGAUGUUGCACGUGGAGAUGUUGACGCUGCUGUUUCUGGUGCUCUGGAUGUGUGUGUUCAGCCAGGACCCGGGUUCCAAAGUCGUCGCCGACCGCUACGCUGUCUACUGGAACAGCAGCAACCCCAGAUUCCAGAGGGGUGACUACCACAUUGACGUCUGCAUCAAUGACUACCUGGAUGUUUUCUGCCCUCACUAUGAGGACUCUGUCCCAGAAGAUAAGACUGAACGCUAUGUCCUCUACAUGGUGAACUUUGAUGGCUACAGUGCCUGCGACCAUACUUCCAAAGGGUUCAAGAGAUGGGAAUGUAACCGGCCUCACUCUCCAAAUGGACCGCUGAAGUUCUCUGAGAAAUUCCAGCUCUUCACUCCCUUUUCUCUAGGAUUUGAAUUCAGGCCAGGCCGAGAGUAUUUCUACAUCUCCUCUGCAAUUCCAGACAAUGGAAGAAGGUCCUGCCUAAAGCUCAAAGUCUUCGUGAGACCAACAAAUAGCUGUAUGAAAACUAUAGGUGUUCAUGAUCGUGUUUUCGAUGUUAACGACAAAGUAGAAAAUUCAUUAGAACCAGCAGAUGACACCGUACAUGAGUCAGCUGAGCCAUCCCGCGGUGAGAACGCAGCACAGACCCCAAGGAUACCCAGCCGCCUUUUGGCGAUCCUACUGUUCCUCCUGGCGAUGCUUUUGACAUUAUAGCACAGCCUCCUCUCGUCACCUGUCACAGAAAACAUCAGGGUCUUGGGACACCAGAGAUCCGCCUAACUGCUCAUCCCAAGAAGGGACUUGUUAUUGGUUUUUUGGCAGAUGUCAGAUUUUUGUUUUUGUUUUCUUUCCUUCAGCCUGAUUUCUGAGCAACAACCUGGGGUUGUUGGGGGCUAAACGCGUCGCUGCCCUCCUUCACUCCGCCCCAUCCCCAGCCCUGGUCCUUGACUUCUCUCACCCCUUCCAAAUUCAAUGGACUCCAGAUGAAAAUGCCAAAUCGUUGUAGCGACACCAGUGGGUUCUCCUCUCGGACUCACCUCUGUAAGCUCAGGGUGUCAACGGUAUGCAGACAAGGAAGGAGCGUGGCCAGGCCGAGAGGGUGUCUCUCUCCUAUCCAGUACUUAACGCCUUCUCAUUCAGGACAGUAAGGUGAUUGUGUGGAGCGUGAUGUUGGCGUGUCAGGUCCGGAGGGGCGGAAUAAAGAGUAGACAUAUGGUUACACCAUAUCCUCUAGGAGUGUAGAAAUGAGCAGGCUUCUCCAAGGUUUAGAUACUAGUUUUUGUUUUAUCAAAUAGGACUGUCUUAAAGCGUUCUUGCCAGCAAAAUUUGUGCUGUGCCGAAGAAGCUUUUUCUCCCGGAAGGAGUGUUGGAUGCAGGGAUGGUAAUGCAGAAGAUGUGUAUAUUGAGAAAACAAUCUAUUGCUGGUGGUGUGAGUGCCUCUAACUUUUUAGUGACUGGGCAGUGCACACCUGAUUUUUUUUUUCCUUUGAAUACAGAUCACCAUGGUGCUACAACUUUUCUUUUUCUUUUUAGGAGCUCAAAGAGGCAUUUUUAUGAAUAAAGUGACCUUCCCCGAGGCUGACAAGCCAGGGUUGAUGAGUAGAGAGUAGAAUAGCUUUGGCUGCCCCUCUGGGGACAACGUGUACAAGGAAAGGAAGUCUGUGGUCCGAGGAGAUGUGGUUUGGCUUUGCUGGAGCUCCAGUGUGCUGUGGCCUUUCCCCAACCCCCACCCCGAUGCCCACGUUCUGCUCCAAGCUCCGUGUUCACAGGGGACUCAGACACAAACCCCUGUCACCAGGAGAGUCAGUCAGCACUACUUGGGAGGGCUUAAAGGGAAAUUUGGAAUAAAAAUUCCAAAGUUUGGAAUAAAAAUUCAAGUGUUGGUUUUUCUCUUUUUUCCCUUUCUGACACAGCCUAAAAGCGUAGGGGGAACACGUGUUUAUCUGUGAGAGAUAAGCAAGAUGGAGUCCCAAAGACUUUGACAAAAUAUUUUUUUAAAAAUCCACUAGAAUAGAAAAUACAUUAUUUAGAUAUACUUUAUGCUGAGAGUGAGUAUAUAUGCUUGUCCUAUUUAAACUUGUGAGAAAAG